AACUAUCCGGCAGUCUGCUUUCCUGUUGACCAGACAUCACUAAUAUUUGCCGAACCGAAAAAAGGAUAAAUUUGAUCAAUCGCGUAUCGUAUGAGAAAUUGGCGAAUUAAUGUCGGCGUUGGCAUUUACUAAAAAUGUUUCACAUUAUUCAUAAUCCUCAUUUUUCAAUUAAGGACAAUUUUUUUAUUUUCAUCGCAGUUGCCAUUGAUAUUUCGCUCAUAAAUCCAAUCAAGAAAGUUUUAUCAACAGGAGUGAUGUAGUGUUGUGUAAGCCAUACAAAACACUUGGAAUACGGCCCGUAAUCGAGGAAUUCGAUUGUUUUGAGUAAAAACUCGUGCAUGUUUGCGAAUUCUUCAACGCAGUGAUUGCUGCACAAAUGAUUAACCGUUUGUUGCGUUUGCAGAAGCUGGUUAGGCCAUCAUUGGCACUAGCAAGAUGCCACCAGCAAGGUCCUGCUAUCGUUCGGGGUUUAAACCACAAUUCCGGCCGCUUCCGGCAUGGCAAACAACGGCAUACUAAGAAGAUGGCCGAAGCGAUCACCGAAACGAAUCUCGUGACAUUUUUCCAGCAACUGGCCGAAAUAAAUGCCAAGUAUCCUAUAAUCAAAAUGGUGGCGGUACUUUUGGCCAAGAAACUAUUCUUGGGCGCCUUUUACAGCAUCUGGUUGGUUGAUGAACCAAAUUCGCUGAUCGCGACCAUAAAAAAACUACUGCAAAAAGUGAAAGAUCUGAUGUAAAGCACUAAUAAAAUGGUGAU